AUGGGAGGACUCUGGAACUGCCAAUCGGCGGUCAAGAAGGCGGACUUGAUUACAGCCUACGCGUCCCUCAUGACCCUUCACUUCCUGGCCCUGACAGAGACCUGGAUCAGUCCAGAGAACUCUGCUACUCCUGCUGCCCUCUCAACCGUCUACUCAUUCUCGCACACCCCUAGACCAUCCGGGCGAGGAGGGGGGACCGGACUCCUCAUCUCGCCCAUGUGGUCCUACCAGGUACUUCCACUAGAACACUUGGCCAGAUCUGCGUUUGAACUACACGCUGUCACUGUUACCAUUCCAAUCAAGCUCUCCAUUGUGGUGAUCUACCGUCCUCCAGGUCCCCUCCGUGACUUCUACGACGAGAUGCAUGCCCUCCUCAGCUGCUUUCCUGGGGAUGGCAAACCACUCGUUAUCCUCGGUGAUUUCAACAUCCUGCCAGAGAGGUUGCACUCACCUGAACUAACCAACUUUUUCGCCACAACACUAUCCCCUUCUCCUCCCACACACAGGGCUGGGAACCAGCUUGACCUAAUAUUCACCAGGUCCUGCGGCACCUCUGCUCUCUCCGUUACCCCGCUCCCUGUGUCUUACCAUCACUUUGUUGAUUUUUCUCCCCUUGAAUUCCUCUCCCCCCUCCUCUCUAGUCCCCACAUUGUCACCAUUUGCCGUAACCUCAAAUCCCUCUCUCCCUCUACGUUUGCCUCUACUGUUCUGUCUUCACUACCUUCUAUCGAACGAUUCUCUCAACUAUCUACAGAUGAAUCUUCAGACACUCUGCUAUCCUCCCUCUCCUCCUCCUUGGAUUCCCUCUGUCCCUUCCACUCCAGACCAGCGCGAUCCUCAUCCCCCCCUCCUUGGCUGCCCCAUCCUCUGCAGACUUGUAGAACAAAGUUGCGAGCAGCUGAGAGGAAAUGGAAGAGAUCAGACUGUCCUAAUGAUCUAUCUCACUAUCUUUUCCUUCUUUCAGAUUUCACCUCUUGUGUGUCAACAACCAAAUCUGCCUUCUACCGGUACAAAAUCAACUCCUCUGCCUCAAACCCCAGGAAACUGUUUUCCCUGUUCCCGUCCCUCCUCAACCCUCCCUCAACCCCAUCUCCUUCCUGCCUCACUGCUGAUGACUGAUACCUACUUACCCAGAAAGUGAAGGAUAUUAGCUCCUCUUUUAUCCCUGCCUCCAUUCUCCCUCCUCCCAUCCCCUCCUCUGUCUUUAUCCAAUUUAGCCCUCUCACCUCUGACGAGGUCAACAGAAUGAUAACAUCUAACCAUGCCACCACCUGCCCCCUUGACGCUAUCCCCUCCUCUCUCCUCCAGGAUGUCUCAAGCGAGAUGCGAGUUGCUAACCAACUGUCCUCCUAUCUCUCAUCUAACAACCUCCUUGACCCCCACCAGUCAGGUUUCAAGAAGGCACACUCCACUGAGACGGCUCUCCUUGCUGUGACUGAGUCCCUCCGUGCUGCCAGAGCCUCGUCCCUCUCAUCGGUUCAUAUUCUCCUCGACCUGUCCGCAGCAUUUGACACGGUGAACCACCAGAUCCUCCUUGCCACUCUUGCCGAACUUGGCAUCGCUGAAUCUGCUCUUUCCUGGUUCACAUCCUACCUGACGAACCGCACCUAUCAAGUGACAUGGAAUGGCUCCUUGUCCAAACCUUGCACGCUUGAAACUGGUGUCCCUCAAGGCUCUGUACUGGGGCCAAUUCUGUUCUCCCUCUAUACCAGUUCUCUGGGCUCGGGAAUUGCAUCACACAGCUUUUCCUAUCACUGCUAUGCUGACGACACUCAGCUAUUUCUCUCUUUCCCCUCAUCUGAUAAAGCCCUGAUUGCAACACGCAUAUUGGAAUGUCUGGCGGACGUCAGCACCUGGACAACUGCCCAUCACCUGAGGCUUAACCUCCACAAAACCGAGCUCCUCCUAAUCCCAGGGAAAGAUUGCUCACACAUGGACUUACUGGUCACCGUUGAGAACAUCACUGUAUCUCCUUCUCCAACUGCCAGAAACCUCAGUGUGGUUCAGUUGUGCUGCACCGCAAACAUCACUGCGGUGGCCCGAUCCUGCAGAUUUGCACUUCACAACAUCCGCAGAAUCCGGCCCUUCCUAAAAAGGGAAGCAGCUCAGCUUCUAGUCCAAUCACUGGUCAUCUCCCGCCUCGACUACUGCAACUCACUCCUGGCUGGACUUCCUGCCUCUGCGAUUAAACCUUUGCAGCGCAUCCAGAAUGAGGCAGCGUGCCUCGUGUUCAACCUAAAGAAGUUCUCCCAUGUGACCCCCCUCUUCCGGGACCUCCACUGGCUCCCUGUAGUAGUUCGCAUCAAAUUUAAGAAGAUGGUACUGGCAUACAAGGCAAGGCCGUUCAGCAAAGUCACAACUUUUCCGGUUUUGGCACCUCAGUGGUGGAAAGAGCUCCCUGCCGCUCUCAGGACUGCAGAGUCGCUCAUUAUUUUCCGAAAAAGACUCAAGACUCACCUGUUCAGAGUCCACUUUGACACUUCAUAG